AUGGCUCCUUCAGAGAUGGAGGAAAUGCUAAGCUACAUGGACUGUAUCGGAAAUCCCCCAAUCUUUUCACUCGAUUCAGGCCACAGCAGCGCUACAUUUCCAUCAAUGGCGAUUCCGAGUCAGACAUCCAUGGAAUUCUGCAACAAUUCAACUUCCGACGAGGCAGAGGACAAUCAGGCCGCCGGCGGCCUGAUUGACGAGAGGAAACGGCGGAGGAUGUUGUCGAACAGAGAAUCCGCCAGGCGGUCGCGGAUGCGGAAGAAGAGGCGGCUCGAUGAGCUGUGGUCGCAGGUCGUUCUUCUGAGGACUGAAAAUCAUGGUCUGGUGGACAAGCUGAGAGACAUGUCGAACAGUCACCGGAGUGCUUUGCAGGAAAACGUUAGGCUUAAGGAAGAAGCCGGCGAGCUCCGGCGCAUGGUGAUUGAUCUCCAGGACAGCAAUUCCUUCGCCAUUUUCAAAGACCUGGAGGAGAUCACAUAAGGGGAGGCUGAGUCUCCAUCAUCGAGCUGUUCUGUGGAGCCGAUUGAUGAUUCAUUCCUGCAAAUUGCAAAGCGCUACACGACAACGGAAAGGGUGUGGAAUUCACUAGUCCUAUGAGGCAUCCGACGCCAUCGAAUCAUCGCUUUCGACGUCUUCUGCAUCUUUCUUGUGGCCUUCUUGAUGAUGGCCAGUGGUUCUAUCAUCCUCAUCAGCUUCAUCAUCAUCAUCGUCGUCGUUGUGUUCGGGGGAUGAGGCGAUAUACCUCGUCCACCCGGAUUCAGAGCUGCUGCAUUCUUCAAGAGAUUUAGAGGAAUCCAUUGUGAGAAGAAGAGUGGAGCAAAUCAAGAAUUGUGGUGUAUUUAUGGAAGAAAGAAGGAGGAGGAGUGAUUGGGUGUUGGGCAAUCUGCAAUGUUCUUGACUGAGAGGUAAAUGCUUCUUUAUCCAUCCAUCAAUUGAUUCAUCUAAAUUGGAUUGGCUAUAUCUAUAUGUUUUUCAUCAUGCAUAGAAGAAAUCCAUCAUCAUUGAAGACAAAAGUACUGCUUAGCUGUCUCUGCACAAUAAAUUCUCUGGCCUUUAUUACCAGGAGGCACUUUACAGGUGAACUAACCUCACUUAAAAAUAAAUACUAGUAGCAGAGGAAGUGUUUAUAGGUUAGGCCCUUUUAAAUUGGAAGAUACUUUGGUUGGUCUAUGAUAACAAAAUCAAAAACACACCCCCAACCACUGGAAAUCUGCCUAUUUCUUUACUCACUUACUCCCCUGUCUGCUUCAUAAAUACAAAGCUGCUUUUAUAAUGGGGGAUACAGAUAAGGCCCACUCUACAAUUGGCAAAGAA